CCAGAUUUGAAAAUUGAUACAAAUUCGCAGGGAACUCAUCUCGUGUUAUCGGUUUUCUUCGUUUUGUUUACCGUUUUGUACGUAUCGCAUUACGACGUUUUGAGUUUUCGUGGUUUGAAUUGGUUUGUCGAUUCACAAUUUUACAUAUCCGAUCCACUCGCUAGUCCAAAGUACUUUUCGUAACAUGGCGGAGAACGCGGUUAUCCAGACAUUCAAAGUUGAUCCCGAAAAAGCUAAAACUCUGUGGCCUCCGAAAGGUAUCGAGCGCCAUCAGCUGAUCACCAGCGAGGAUGCCAUACGCCGCCUGGAUCUCCCCAAGGAACUGAAGAUCUAUCUCCUCGGCGACAAGGUGGAAUGCGAUGUGCAUCCAGCUGGCGGUGGAUCGGCCCGAGUCCAGGUGCCUUUUGUUAAAGGCGGCGAGAAGGAAGCCGAGCUGCUGGCACAUGUGGCAAAUUACGAGAAGGGAGGCGUUACUCAUGUGGCAGUAACGAAUCCGUAUUACACCUAUAAGGACGUGCCGGAAAUGACGAAAUCCAAGCCCAGGCUGGAGGGCUGCCGACGUACGAGGAGACCUUCAAGAAGAUCUCAGAGCUCGCCCCCCUCUGGCCGAUCCUCAAGUCCUCGGCGCCGGUUCUGUUAGCGCAUGAGA